AGUGCAGAUUAACCAACGACGGUGCGAAAGUGGCGAGUUUUAUUAGCAAACAAUUAUGGCGAGAGUAUGGGCAGAACGAAGUUAUACACGGCCAAGCGAUGAAUUGCUGCAGAAAGUAACAGAUGCCUAAUUAUUAGAUGGUAAUUAUUUUAAUUAAACUAGUAUACUUAUCAGUAGUAAAUGCUGACUUGCUCCUUAGUUUGACGAUAUAAAAAAAAGCCUCAUAUAGUUACCAUAUUAACUAACCAUUAACUAACCCAUUACAAUCGUAAGCUCCUAACCCAUCGUAACCGUAACCGUAAGGUCUGUAAGCUCAAUCGUUGUGACGUCAUUAUUGUACUAUUAUGAAUAAAUUCUUAUUUCGAUCACAAAUAUAUUUCUUUUAUCUUGAUCGUAAUCACAACCCAUCCCUAUAAACCUGGCUUUAUUGUGCGCGAAACAUUGGAAUCUGACCAUAAAUUACUUCUUAAUCUUACUAUCCUACCGUUACUGAACUUCUUCGUCCCCUGGGGACGAGCUAGGUUGACCGUUACUCUAAUAUCGGUGACAUCAGAACGACAAUAGUAUGGAAACUACCCAUUUUUGUAACCGUUUCACCUGACCACAAAAUCAUGUUUUACUUCGCUUUUGAAUUUAAUGAUGCGAAGUCGUUCAAGAACUGAAUCCCGAACGACAUGGAGCAAAACUUGCAUCCAAGGACGUCGAAUUAAAGCCACUUUACUUCGAAAACUAGAGUUGACGAUAUUGUUUUUAAUGCAUUCGACACAUGCCAAACAUAACAAAAGCAUGAUUGAUGACAAAAUAUUCCAUGCACUGCAUGCACGCUUGAAUCCCACUGUCACUGAUCAUGACCCUAGUUGCGUAGCAUGGUUAAAGGGGAAUGGCAAUAUAUUAUUUUAUUUUCUCAUUUGAAAGAACUUUUGAAACUAUUUAAUAACUUGCUUUACCGAUUCUUCAUAUCUUGCUUAGUUCUUGAAAUAUUGUCACUUGAAGUAAUGAGAUGUCAGCCAUCUUGGAUAAAUUUUUGAUCUCAUUAACGGUAGUUUUGGUGACGUCACAAAGGUUUCAAGUGAUCUUGAAAUUUCCAAGGGCAUACAGAGUAUAAUUUUGAGUGCAAGAUGAUUAGUGUUUGUCUAGAUAGAAAUAUACCGUGACCCCUGUUGUGACGUAACAUGCAUAUCUACAAAAAUCCAAGAUGGCGGACAUUUCAUUUCUUUCGAUUAAAAUAUUUGUAGAAGUAAGCAAGAUAUGAAAAAAACGGUAAAAGAGUUUUAUAUAUGCUUUUUAAUGUUAUUUCAAACGAGAAAAUAAAAAAAUAUAUUGCCAUUUCCUUUAAAGGCACAGUGCAGCCUUUUGAAUGAUGGUUUUUAAGGCGCAUUUCAGCCCUUUUAAUUGAAAAAACUAACUAGGAAAAUCAAUUGGUCUUUCUCACGAUGACGAAUAUCCGCCAUUUUUGGGUCCAAUUUUCGUUAACCAAGCAGAUAAUUAAAACAAUGUGAAAAGCAAUUUUUCAAAAUAAACUAACUAUUUACAAAGCAAAUUUACCAUAAUUUGUCAAAAAAAUUAUAAAAAGUCGCUGUUAUGUGGACUUAUCUCGCAGACGUCGACUGAAAUGCCACCCGGCAAAAAAUGGCGGCGUGAGAAAGGCUAAUUAAGCAUAAUUCAAGAUCAGCAAACUUAAAGGUGAUCUACAGUCCGUAUGUAAACAAAGCCUUUGUUUACAUUUUUGUGUCCAAAAUAUUGAGCUUUAUUCGACAACUAUUUAUAUUUUCAAGUUUCUAGAGUAUAAUAAAUGAUCAAGAAACAACAAUCAGGCUUUUCAAGAACUCAAAACAUAGUUAAACUGUUUGUAUCAUAAAAAGUGUGCUCAUUUGUGCGCAUGCGCAGAUCGGACUGUAGAUCGUUAAUGUUUUUAACAUUUUAAAACAUUUUUAUUGUUAAAAACAUUGAGUUUGCUGAUUUUGAAUCAUGCUUAAUUGAUUUUCCUAGUUAGUACGUUUCUUCAAUUAAGAGGGCUGAAAUGCGCUUAAAAACCAUCAUCCAAAAGGCUGCACUGUGCCGUUAAGCAUGAUUCAAAAUCAGCAAACUCAAUGUUUUUAACAAUAAAAAUGUUUUAAAAUGUUAAAAAUAUUAAGUUUGCUGAUCUUGUAUUAUGCUUAAAUAGUGCUUAAUUGAUUUUCCUAGUUAGUUUUUUCAAUUAAAAGGGCUGAAAUGCGCCUUAAAAACCUUAAAGUUACUCUGAGUGAGCAUCCACAAUGGUCAAGCUGAAAAAUGUGUCCAACCACGGUGAAAAUGCAUCCACACCGGGCAAGCUGAAAGUUUGCCUGACCACGGUAAGAAUCGCAGGUUCGAUUCCCACCGUGGUCAGGCAAACAUUUCAGCUUGUCCGGUGUGGAUGCACACUCAGAGCAUAGACAAUCCAAAAGACAUGUCUUUUGGAUUGUCUAUGCUCUGAGUAACAUCACAAACAUGAUAUUAUUAGUGGACAGGUAUUCUGCAAUAGUUCCUCUCUUCAAUUGGAGUGAGAUAUAAUUUCACCUCGCAAUAACAGUUUUUGAGUAUUUUCGGAACCUGAAAAACAAGCUUGUAGAUUUGCUAUGGCAUCGCGAAGCAAAUUGUUCAUCUUUCUACACGUGGUCGAAGAAGAACAACGUGGAGUAAUGGUUACAUAUAGUGUACCAUUAGGUUAUGCAGGGUACGAAGGGAUCGAUCAAUAAAGUGCGGAGGCCUGGACGCGGAUCAAUGAUGCGUCCAACUAUCAAUGAGGAGUCCGACUGUCUACGGAAAAAAGUUGCUGUUUUGCCUCGGUGAUCACAUUCUAUCCUGGGGGGAGGGCAAGGGAAAUGGGCCCUUUGGCAGUUUGCCGCACCACUGAAGAAUCCUUAAAAAAUGCACUGAGACAACUUUUUGAGUUUUCUAAAAUAAAUCAAAUAUAUUUGAUAUGUUAAUUAUAUUUCAACGGGCCGCGUGCUGGAAAAGUAUUUUUCUCGAAGGACGUUGUUUCUGUAAGCGAGGGACAUAUUUUUCAAAUACGGACCGACCUUAAAAAAUUUCAGCGUCGCUGGCGAACUAUAUUAUAGUAUUUAAUUUUUUUGGUGAGCUUUAAUGUUUGAAAAUGAUCUGCAUGGCUAUAUAUGCCUAGUUUGGCGCGAAAACUGGAGAAGUCCGUAUCUUGUGACGUGGAACUCGUAAUCAAUCAGAAGGCUCUAUAAAUUAGUUACGGAUAUGAAAAAUAUAAUUUCUUGUCUUAUGUGACAAAUUCGUGUCUGUUUGACCACAAGACUCUCCAUUAGAAAAGUUAAGCUUUCAAUAUAGAUUAUUCUCUCUUUCAAUUGUGUAUUUAAAACCAACCUCAGUCUAUAAUCAAGACACUCAAAGAACAUGAAUAAAAUCUUGACCCCAGAAAGGAAACAUGCAUGGGCGUACGGGAAGGAAAAAAUUAGGGGGGCGGAAAGAAAUUUGCCCGACUUUUUCGGAUUGUGCCCGAGUUGUGAAAAAAAUUCUCCAGAGAAACUUUCCAAAAUUGUUGUCGACGGGGGAGAGGAGUGUUACGAAAAAUCCCUAUUAGAUAACAUAUUUUCCACAAAAUUUCCCACAAAAUUGACAGAAUUUGUCCCGUUUAUUUUUGUAAUAAGCCAAUAUUGCCCGACUAUGAAGCGAAUAUUGCCCGACUGGCUUUGUUUGCCCCCCGUCCGGUACGCCCAUGAAAGGAAAUACAUCUAAAUUUAGCCUCUUCUUUUCUGGCGUUCAGGUGAUGACAGUUUGUACAUGUCGUUGGACACACCGAGGAUGGCUCGACGUUUUCCGAACUAACCGAGCGAAGCGAGAUAGGUUCGGGAAACUUUCAGCCACCCGAGGUGCGUCCAAUCCCGGAUGUUACGUUAUUAGUCAUGACAGUGGAAUAUAAAUAAACAAUAAGACGAAGAACAGUUUCUCUUUUAAUACUUUGCUUUUACAGAAGUAGAAUCACAACAACGUGGUUGGGGGUCACAUGACCUGUUCAUCACUGAUCUCUCUUAUAAGUUUGUCUGGAUGAAUGUUUAUUCACUAAUACCCCCACUUAAACAUAGAACAGUUAGUUUUAUAUAUAUAGUAUAAAUAUCAACAACAUUACACUAAAUCGAGUUUAUACUCCUAGUAUAAUAGGAACAAAAGUUUUUAUUAUUCUCGGUCCUGAUAUUGGUUUGGUAAAUAUAUCAGCUAAGUUAUCUUUUGAUGUUACAUACAAUAAAUGAAGGAGACCUCUCUGAACUUCCGAUCUUACGAAGUGAUAACGUAUAUCAAUAUGUUUUGAUCUUUGGUGCUGAACAGGGUUUAUUGCCAAGGCUAAAGCUCCCUGAUUGUCACAGUGAAGUGUCACUGGAGUAAACUUAAUUUUAACCAUAUCCUCCAACAGCUGAGAAAGAAACUUACCUUCCUGAACAGCUGAAGCUAAAGACAUAUAUUCAGCUUCACAUAUGGAUAAAGCAACUGUAGGUUGCUUUCUAUUCUUCCAGGAAAUCAAAGGACCUUUGCUACAAAGGUGGAAACCGUACCCGGUUAUACUGCGUCUAUCUUCUGACGCACCCCAAUCAGCAUCACAACUACCAACUAAGUGCAGUGGCUCAUCAGCUUUCCUGAAGAUUAGACUUCUGUUAGCUGUGCCCUUGACAUAUCUCAAUACAUGCUUUGCAGUGUUUAUGUGACUCAUGGUUGGUGCUGACAAAUAUUGUGAAAGUUUCGUUACACUAUAACAAAGAUCUGGCCUAGUUGCAGUCAUUAUGUAAACAAGACUGCCUAUGAUCUCUCUGUACAAUCUGUUAUCAGUUGGCACUGAAUUUUCCUCACUUACCUUAUGUGAGUUCAUCUCACAUGGAGUGGAUUUGGGUUUGCAAUUUUCCAUACUGAAUUUCGACAAUAGUCUUUUAAUGUAUUUUGUUUGGUUCAUCUUAAUUACUCCCUCUUCACAUAUAAAUUCUACGCCUAAAAACCAUGAUAAUUUUCCCAUAUCUUUCAUUUGAAAUCUCUUACCUAGAUUACCUUUCACAUUCGUUAGCGUAACUGUGCAAUUUGAUGCAAUUAUUAUAUCAUCAACCCAAAUUAUCACAAUGGUCAUCGACUUACCUGAAACUUUGGUGUAAACACAACUAUCUGAUUGUGACUGAAUAAACCCCUCACUAACUAAAUGGGAAUGUAGCACACUAUUCCAGUUACGACCACUUUGCUUCAGUCCAUAUAAGGAUCUUCUAAGUUUGUAAACAAGAUACUCACCAUCUUUUCCUGUCAUAGUGAAACCUUCAGGUUGUUCAACAUAUAACUCACAGUCAAUAGGUGCGUUCAGAUAUGCUGUUUUCACAUCCAUUUGAUGUAUUGUCAGAUUGUAUUGCACCGCUAAUUGCAUUAGGAUUCUAAUAGAUGUCAUUCUUGCAGUGGGUGAGAAGGUUUCAUGAUAAUCAACACCUGGUAUUUGCGAAUAUCCCUUGGCUACAAAGCGGGCUUUGUACUUCUCUUCCCCAUUAGGGUCAGUUUUAAUGGCAUAAACCCAUCUUCCCCCCCACUGUAUUUCUAUUUUCAGGCUUUGUGGUAAGUUCAAAUGUGUCAUUUUCCCUUAAUGCAUACAUUUCAUCCUCCAUGGCCUUUUGCCAUUCAUGAAAAUGAGGCGAGGAUAUCGCCUCCUGGUACGUUUUCGGUACAUCUGAUAUAUUACAGCAGUAAUCAACUGUGAAAUUGAUGUGGUUGUUUUCAUCGACUUCGUCACCAUCAACAUAUUGCUCUAAAUACUUUGGCUUUGCCCGGUUACGACUAGGGUACCUAGUUUCUGGUAAUUGGACAUUCCCACCCUUAUCAUUAAUGGAUCACCAAUAUCAUUAUUUAAAUCACUUACUGGAUUUGGGGGAACUACAUGAUUCUCAUUUUCAUUUGUCGGUUGGGGAUCUGAUGGACAAGGUGGUAAGCUAACAAUCAUUUCAUCCUCAAUAUUUAAUUGAGGGCUUUCUCUGUAUUCUUGUCAUUUCCAAAUUUAUCAGUGAAACGAACACAACGGAUUCUCUUAAUUGAUCCUGUUUCUGGAAAAUAUAUAAGGUAGGCUGGGCUUCCCUUAUCAUACCCUACGAAAAUUCUUUCUUCCCCUCUUGGGUCCAAUUUCUUCUUCUCCUGCACAUACGUGUAGCACACUGUGCCAAAAACAUGCAUAUUUUGCAAAUUGGGUUUUUGACUGGUAAAUACUUCAUAAGGUGUUUUCUUAAGUCUAUAGUUGUAACAACGAUUUCGUAUGUACACUGCAGCCAUAACUGCAUACGUCCAGAGUGUUUUAGGUAAUUUGGCCUCAAUAAGUAGGCAUCUAGCCCAUAGACGGAUUUUCUGGGGGGGGGGUGUGUGCAGGGGGGUGCUACCCCCAAUAUUAGCUAUAACCCCCCUAAACAAAAUGUCCACCCCUAAAUAAAUAAAUACUUAAAUAUUCCACUCCAACGUGCAGAGUGUUGAUGAUACAAAAUAAACGUAGGAGUAAUUGUAAAGUUUUGAAACUCUAUUAUCUGCCCUGAAUAGAGUUUGCAGUGCCUUGUCAUGCGAAUAGCUUGCACGCAAGAAACGUUUGGAAUUUUUACAAACAUUAUUUUUAGGUUUUAAUUCUUUUAGGAAAUAGACUUGCCUAUAGAUUUAAUCUUUACGCCCUAAAUAUUAUUUACAUCGAAUUCAGGAGACUGUUUAAUGCAAAUAAUUAUCACGUUCAUUGCAUUGGUUGCGUGAUGACGUUUCUACUUUCUAGGCAGAUUGUUGACGUUGCUACACUGUUGUUUGUACAAUAGCAACCUAAUUAUCAUCAUAUAAAGUGUAUUGCACUAGUGCCACCUGCGCAAGCUGAUAACGCGCGAAUAUGAAUAUUUAAGAAAGCAUUCGAUACUGUAGAUCAUAAAAUACCACUACAUAAAUUACAUCUUUAUGGGAUAAAAGGAAUUGCUUCAUUGGUUCAGAUCUUACUUAUCAAACAGAAAGCAGUAUUGUCGGGUAAACGAUCACCUUUCCCACCCACUGGACAUGGUCUGCGGUAUAUCUCAAGGGUCCAUACUUGGACCACUAUUGUUUCUUAUAUACGUUAACGACCUUCCAAAUUGCUUAAAACAUACAAGAUGCAAUAUGUUCGCUGAUGAUACACAAAUUGAUACAUCUAGCAAUAAUCGAUUGCUAACAUUUUGAAUGAAGAUUUGAUAAACGUCUCUGAUUGGAUGAAGGCAAACAAAUUAAGCCUAAAUGCUAGCACAACAGAAUACAUGGUUAUCGGUUCUCAUAAAAGGCUUCACCAAACUCAAAGUGAUCCACCAAUCACUUUGGGAAACAAUCAAAUAAAAAGAGUCAAAGUUACAAAAUCACUUGGAUUAAUGAUCGAUGAGACAUUAACUUGGGAUGAACAGGUUACACUAAUUACGAAAAAAGUAAACAAGGGCUUAAAUGUCAUGCGGAGAUUAAGGGAUUUCUUUGACAUAAAAAUAUUAACUACCGUUUAUCAAACUUUAGUACAACCUUAUUUCGAUUAUUGUUCCCAAGUUUGGGGAGGCCUUUAAUAUAAGUUCAAUUUAAUCAAUCUUUUAUCACACUACAUUAAAUAAUAUCUAACAUCUCGAAUCUCUUGUCCGCCAUACUUGAAUCCCCGUUCUCUCCGUCCCGCGGUAUAUGUCUAUGAUACCACUAAAUACUUCAUUUAAAUAUAAAUAUAGGGUACCUUAUCCCCCCUUUUUAACAGAAAAUGUCCAUAAUAAUGACACAGUUAUUUUAGUCCUUGAAUAUACCCAUCAUUGUGAAAUGUUACAUUUCAUAGUCAAUAUAUCUGGGGUUAGGUCUUCGUAGCCUUUGUGAUCGACGAGGAAUACAAGAUCCAGGGCAGUCGUUUGCGCUGCUUACUUCGCCUCCAUUCUCAUGCCCUGGUUCUACGUGGUUAGUCUCUUGUUUAUCUUCCUCAUCUUGAUUUCCGCUUUCAUAACUGUCAUCUACCUUGGGUCUACACUGCUCAAACCAUCUAUGCCAUUCCCCAUUUUCGAUAGCUUCAUCCGAUAUUACGCCCCUUUCCAUAACUGUAUCAUGCGGUCCGUAGUAACAUUUGACGUCAUCCGGGUGUCUUUUAAAGAUCGUCCCCAUCCUUGAAUCCCCGUUCUCUCCGUCCCGCGGUAUAUGUCUAUGAUACCACUAAAUACUUCAUUUAAAUAUAAAUAUAGGGUACCUUAGCCUUGGUACCACACUUUGUAAUAAACUAUUACAAAAUAGCGAUUACAAAAUAGAGCUGUCCGUAUCAUUACAAAGAGUGGGUACGAAGUUCGAUCUGUAAAUUUACUACACCAACUUGGUCUGCCCAACCUUGAGGAAAGAAGAAAUCAACAACUUGUAACGAUAGUAGGGUACCGUUUUGGGUUCCCUGUGACACACGGCCAGGGAAUGGGCAUAGAACAAGAUGGCGGACAGUCAGAAUUUUAUAACUUUAUAUUCUUAGCUUUUUAUGUAUGUUUCACUGUUCAUUUACCGUCUAUUAAAAACGUAACAUGGUGUCAGGAGUAAAACUAGUCUAUGUGGAUGGACGUUAGCGUUGAUACGGCCGGAAACGACGAAGAAACAAGCGAAAACUCAACGAGAAUGGCGUAUUUUCAGAUACCUCCUCCGGACGUGCUUAAUUUAAAUGAUGGUUCAACGGCUUCGAACUGGCGCGAAUGGAAGUCCGCUUGGAGCAAUUACACGUUGGCGACAAAGCUUGAUAAAGAAGACGAGGCACGUCAAGUAGCUACACUUCUAGCAGUAAUAGGAAAAGAAGCAAACAAAGUAUUUAGGACAUUUGUUUGGGAGUCAGAAGAUGAUUCUAAGAAAAUUGAUCUAGUCAUAACGAAGUUCGAGGAAUACUGUAUUCCAAGACAGAAUGUGACAUAUGAACGUUUUCGACUGUUUACGCGUGAUCAAGGGCCCACAGAAACCGUAGACCAGUACAUGAUGGAGCUGCGUAGAAUUUCUGCAAACUGUGAUUUGGAGUCGAUUACACCAGAUCAAAUAUUGCGAGACCGACUUGUUACUGGAAUUAGGAAUGCAAAGGUACGCGAACGAUUACUUCGAGACAAUAAACUUACCUUAGAGAAAGCACUAGACAUUGUGCGAGCUGCUGAGAGUACGACAGCUCAAAUGAAGGAGAUGAAUUUAGAGGCUGGAAUACAUGCUGUCCGGCAGACACAACAACAUGACGGGUCCAAAGAAGAUGUACCAAAAUCGGAUAAAGCGGUAAUAAAGGAUUGCAAAUAUUGUGGUCGCGAUCAUGAGAAGCGUAAAUGUCCGGCAUUUGGCCAAACAUGUAGAAAGUGUGGAGUAAAAAAUCAUUUCGCAGUUAAGUGCCAAGCUAAAAGUAAAGUUUCUGCUGUGCAUGAUCAAGAUCGAUUUUAUUUGGGCACCACCAAAACGGGUGAAAAGGAAGUUCGUUCAACUGUAACUUUAACAAUGUUAAAUGAAGUAGACGAUGUACCAAAUGGAGAUGUCCAAUUUCUUAUGGACACUGGGGCAGAAUGUAAUGUACUACCAUUGAAUGUGUACCAGAAAGUGACAGGUGAUAAAGAACUAAAUAAAUUAGAUAAGAACAAACGUUCAGUGCUCGUUUUAGCCAAUGGAUUUGAACAGCCUAUUGAAGGUCGGGCCAUGGUGAGAGUAAGUCGAGGUACUCAGACCCACAAACUUGUUGUGAAUGUAGUAAAAGGACAAGGGUACGAGCCAAUCCUAUGCAAGCAGACCUUGAUUGACAUGGGCAUGAUAAAGAUCCUUGAUUCCGACCAAAAACCCCGAGUAAGUGUAGUAACAGCAGGAUGCGACCCUUUGUUACAAGAGUUUAAUGAUGUCUUUGAAGGUCUUGGAAAGCUCGAAGGACAAUACACGAUUGUCACAGAUCCAUCAGUGAAGCCUGUGGUACAUCCGCCUCGCCGUUUGCCAGUAGCAUUAAUCGAUCAAGUCCAAGAAAAGCUUGACAACAUGGUAAAGGAUGACAUUAUUGCAAAAGUUGAUCAACCCACUGAUUGGGUCUCCAGCAUGCUCGCUGUCCGAAAACCGACGUUGGGGCCAGACGGAAAAGUUGAUAUUCGCAUUUGUCUUGAUCCAAAAGAUCUAAAUGGUGCAAUAAAACGUGAACAUUUCCCAAUGCCUACUAUUGAAGAAGUUGCUACGCGAUUAAAUCGGGCGAAAAUUUUCAGUGUGUUUGACGCCAGUAAUGGAUUUUGGCAAGUAGAACUCGAUCCAGCGUCCAGCCGAUUCACUACUUUCAACACUCCAUUUGGGCGGUAUUGUUGGAAACGUAUGCCGUUUGGUAUAAGCAGCGCACCAGAAGUAUGGCAGCGAAAAAUGCACGAACAUGUUGAAGGGUUACAUGGGGUGGAAGUGAUAGCGGAUGAUUUUGUUGUGGUUGGGUUUGGAAGUACCCCAGAGGAGUGGAAUGCUGACCAUGACCGCAAUGUCCGUGCUUUUCUGGAGCGCUGUUGGGAGAAGAACCUGAAGCUCAAGAAAGAAAAAGCUCAGUUAAGGAAGACGGAAGUGGCAUUUAUCGGACACAUAUUAACCCCAGAUGGUUUGAAGCCUGAUCCAAAGAAAGUAGAGGCCAUCAACGACAUGCCUCAUCCUACAGAUGUGCAGUCUCUACGAAGGUUCCUGGGUAUGGUAACCUACCUAGCCAAGUUUUUGCCAUGUCUUUCUGAUGAAACGGAAGUGUUGAGGAAGCUCACAGAGAAAGAUGCCGAGUGGUGUUGGUUAACCGCACACGAAGAAGCCGUGGUCCGAAUCCAAAGAAUGAUCAGCACUGCGCCAGUGCUUGCCUACUAUGACGUCACAAAGCCCGUAACUAUACAGUGUGAUGCCUCCCAAACCGGUCUUGGAGCUGCUCUUCUACAAGAUGGCCACCCAAUUGCCUACAGCUCUCGAGCACUAACAGCAACUGAGCGCAACUACGCGCAAAUAGAGAAAGAGCUCUUAGCCAUUGUCUACGCGUGCGAGAAGUUCGACCAAUACAUUUUCGGAAAGAGCGACGUAGUGGUAGAAUCAGACCACAAGCCACGGGAGACUAUAUUUAGAAAACCCAUUCACAGCGCACCGAAGAGGUUGCAACGGAUGCGAUUACGACUACAAAUCUACGAUAUCCGAGUCGAAUACAAGAAAGGAACCAUGAUGUAUCUGGCUGAUACGCUCAGUCGAGCGUAUUUGAAUGUCAGCGCAAAACAAAGAGAGUCUUGUGAUGUACGAGCAGUGAAAGAACAAGUAUUUUCAGCUGAACUCGAACAGUUAAAGCAUGAUGAAGACCUAAAUGUUCUCCCACGAAAAUUGAAGAAACUGCGGGAAGAAACAAGCAGAGAUGAGGAGCUCAAAAUUCUGAUCCACUUUAUCACUCAUGGUUGGCCUGACAAUCGUAAGGAAGCAUCCAAACUCGAUAAUCCCAGUAAGAGAGUUUUCUAUUUAUACUGGAACAGUCGUGAUGAAUUGACCUAUGAGGAUGGCAUUGUGUAUAAAGGACACCGCGUGGUGAUACCUGCGGCAGAGCGUCAAAAUACCAUGAAAAGCUUGCAUCAAUCACACAUCGGUAUCGAAGGCACUUUGAGACGAGCACGUGACACCGUCUACUGGCCUGGAAUUACGGCAGUUCUUAAAGAUUACAUAUCCAAAUGUGGAAUUUGUAACAGAUAUCGACCAGAACAAUGCAAAGAACCAUUGCACCCUCACAAAGCGCCCGAAAUACCAUGGGAGAAAGUCGGCGUAGAUUUAUUUGAGUUGGACGGACAGACAUUCCUAAUAGCGGUGGAUUAUUAUUCUGGGCUGUUUGAAGUUCAAGACAUGACAAGUACAGUGGCAUCGCGUGUCAUCACCGUACUGAAGUCGUGGUUUGCUCGACACGGUAUUCCUAUUACAGUGAUGAGCGAUAAUGGCCCGCCAUUCAACAGCGAAAGUUUUAAAGACUUUAGUGACGAAUGGGAUUUUAACCAUAUUACCUCUAGUCCUCACCACCCACAAAGCAAUGGAAAAGUUGAGAAUGCUGUAAAGACCUGCAAAUCAUUGUUAAAGAAAGCUCGCGACGACAAACAGGAUCCACUCCUCAGCAUACUCGAAUGGCGCAAUACACCAACCGAAGGCAUGGGUGCUUCUCCCGCCCAGUUACUGUAUGGUAGACGUACUCGCACACGUCUUCCUGUUGCAAAGAAACUGUUGAAACCGACUCUUAUCGAAGGAGUGACGAAGAAGAUGGAGAAAGGCAAAGAGAAGCAAAAGAAAUAUUUUGAUCGACAGUCGCGGAAGUUGAAAAGGCUGUCAGCAGGCGAUGUUAUCCGAAUGCGUUGUCCGGGUGAUUCAAGAUGGUCUCUUGGUAAGGUCAUUGAAGUUAUGGGUUUUCGAUCUUACCUGGUUGAGGUCAAUGGAAGAAGAUAUCGUCGAAAUCGAAGGCAUUUACGUACGACCGCAGAGCAGUUACCUUUACAAACCGAACUGUCCGAUGCAGAUGAGCCGUUGACUGACGACGAAUCAAUCAACGAGCCCCCUGAAGUAGAUACAAUGGGAGGCCAGAGACAUGGGGAAGAUGGUAAUGUACGCCGCUCGGGGCGAAGCCAUCGUGCUCCAAAACGUUUUGAAGAUUACGAGUGCAAUUGACACUAAACCUUUAAAUAAACUAGUUAUAGGUUUGAACCGAAUGUGAUCGGUUGAUUACAUAGAACAGUUAUCGAACUUGUUUAUGAUAACACAUAGCUAAUUCGAACAAUCGAACAGUUUCCGUUGAGUUUUGUUUUGAAGCUAUAAUUAAGAAACUUAAGGAGAAGAGAUGUAACGAUAGUAGGGUACCGUUUUGGGUUCCCUGUGACACACGGCCAGGGAAUGGGCAUAGAACAAGAUGGUGGACAGUCAGAAUUUUAUAACUUUAUAUUCUUAGCUUUUUAUGUAUGUUUCACUGUUCAUUUACCGUCUAUUAAAAACGUAACACAACUAAAUACAUUUUUAAAAUGUACAAAGUUAGACACGAAAUGGCCCCUUCUUCGUUAAGUAAAAUGUUUCAAAAAACAAACGAGGUCCAUGAACACCAAACGAGACAAGCCAAACAUGAUUUCCUACCACCGAAGCCUAAAACAAAUUACCUGAAAAAGGCAUUUAGUUAUAGAGGUGCAGUGGCCUGGAAUAAUCUACCAAGUGAAAUUGAAAAUUCUUAAACUGUUAAUAUUUUUAAAGCAAAACUCAAGAUUAUCAAUUGAGAGUACAUUUUAAUAUAAAAUUGUUAGUAUUUGUUACAUUAGUAAGUAAUAUGUAUGUUGAAUAGUCUAUAUGUAUAUUGUAGACAGUGUUAUAAGAUAGUUAAACACACGGCCUAUUGGAAGAUCACAUUUUUCUUUUCCUUCUCUUUUAUACAUAAUUAAAUUAAAUAUAAGUAGUUUGUGAAAUAGUACCGUGUUUAAAUAAAGUUUAAUAAUAAAUAAUUAUAAUACUGUAUGCUGUAUAUCAAUUAUGUACAGUACAGUAUGAUAGCUCAUAGUAGUUCAAGUUGCAUCAUAAAUUGUACUCGGUACAAUUAAAAGCAUAUUGUGUAUUGGGUUUACAAUUUUACAGGUUCAUUUAACUUUAAGCUUUAACUCUCUCAAGUCUCAACAGACAAUCGGACAUGCCAAAUCCAUUGAUAUGACAACUUCAAAAAGCUUUUUUUCGAAGCUAGAAAUCAUGAUUUUUUUCAAACUUUUCAUGGGAUACUUUGUUUUCUGCUCUCUAGACUCCCCCUCGCGGCUCAGUGCUCCACCCCUAGAAUAUACCUUACUGGGGCACUUUGUGCCAUUUGAUGACACUUUGUUUGCUUCAGUCACCUGCUCACGGCUCACCCCCCUAAAAUUUCUGGCACCACCCCAGUUAAAAAUAUGAAAAUCCGUCUAUGCGUUACACAAAGAAAAACACACUAAUUCAACACGCAAGAAAGGCCAGAGUGCGACACGACGUAAAAUCCAUAGGAAACCGGCACAAUUCUUUGAAAAUUCAACGAAACUGUGUGAAAUAUACAUUAGAUCGCUCAGUGAAAAGCCGCCAUUUUGAAACUGAACUGAAUAUGUCACUGGAGCACGUUGCACCCUGAGCCUGCGAUGACCUAACGCAAACUCCAUUUCUCGUCGAAAACAGAAAAAGAGGGAUUUAAGACUCUUGGCCUACAGGCCAGUGUAAAAAGAUGCUGUCUUGACAUAAAAAGAUUGCGUUAAGCAUUCUGGUCGCCAUAAUUCUGAAUUUCUGGUAGCCAUGAACAAGGUGGGAAUCGUAAUUGUAUGAUGAAAAUGAAUGCCCAUAUAUGCGGCAUAAUGCAUGCAAGAGCCAUGGAUGGAACGUUCGUUCUUAAUUAGUAAAUAUUUUAGAAUUUUAUUUUGUGAUGGUUUAUUUACUUGUCUUCACUCCUUCAGUGAAUCCUUCAUCAACACAAUUCGCCCGGUUUCCAACAAUGAUCUAAAACUUUGUACUUCUAUUUCAGGAUUUAAACGUAGUCUUAAUUAAGAAACAAAUCGCCAGUACAAUUGGUACACGCACCAAACAGCCUACAAAUAUAUUUAAAUGAUUUAUUUUUCACCCUGGCCCUGCUAUUCAUAGCAUGAUUACUCGUAUUUAUAUACCACGCUUGUAGAUGCACGCUUGCGACUCCAGAUCACCCCUGAUGCAAGACACCACUAGACUGGAGUGUCGAAACGUUGGGUCGUGAAUCUAAUUCGACUGUGCUUUGCAUUCAUUUAUAAAAACCAGAGUAGCGAGCGAAAACAUGACUGAUAUACCUGGUUGCCGUGAACUCACAAACUUUGAAUCAUUAUUUAAAAUUUUUAGCGAGCGUGGGUGCAUGCAUAUGAUAUCUUUAUAUAGAAACAGGAAGUCCCUUUGAAAUUGCAUGCACUGCACUUAUUAUGUAUAUUGUUUGUAUAUCGAUUGAAUGUAUACAAAAUGUACCAUAGUUUUUUAUUCAUUAUCCGAACGAAGACAUAUCGACACAACCCUUAAAGGAGGGAAAAAAGCAAUGUUUAGAACUUGUCUAUCACGAAGAAAAUCGCAUAAGAAGACCAACCUGUUAUAAAAAUCCUAAAAACUACAUUUCGUAUGGUAAAAGCCGAAAAGGUAAUUGCGCAAGAAUACCUUCGUACUUUGUCCUUCGAAAUAAGUAAUCAUUUUUUAUUAACAUCAUGCAAUUGAAUGUUUUGUUUCUGUCAAAUACAGUUAGUGGUGAAGGGUCUUACGGAAGUUGAAAGGAAAAUUGGGUGGCAAGUAAUUAUGGAUCAGGCCAUUUUCUUUGAAAGAGUCAAAGAGGCGUUUUACGUCUUUCUUAUAUUUCAUGUAAAUAAGCAUGAUAUGUGAGAAAUAUUGAUUGCACAGUGAUCAGUAAUACAAACAGUUAGUUUUCCAUACUAUAGGUUGCUCUAUAAAAACUAUAAAGUUGAAAAGAGGAACAGUAUUGUAUUUAGAAUUAUUACCACAGAGUUCCCAAUAGAAGCCGGCACCAGGCGAUUUUCACUGGUUAUUUCUCACACCUUCAGCCGCACACAUAGCCGCCUACGUGUUUCAAAAAGCCUCCUCACCAAAAAUUCCAGUGGGAACCCUGUACCAACUAUGAUGUUAUAUGUAAACAACGAGUUUGAGUGUUUCAUCAGGGGAUCCAAACACGAGAAAACUGUAUGAAACACGAGCGCGAAGCGCGAGUGUUUUAUUGUUUUCGAGUGUUUGGUCCCCUGAUGAAACACGAGAAACGAGUUGUUUACACAACAUCUCAAAUGAAAACAUUUCAUUGGCUUAUAUAUAUUAUUAUAGUAUAUUGUUGUGUUUUGACUUGAAUUUGUAAUUAGGAUCUCAGUUAUUAGAUGAAAACCGUUUUUCAUCUAACAACAGUGAUGGUAUAUGAUUUUUAGCGUGUUUCCUGCGGUAUCCAACCUCAAUCAUGUGACGAAUUAGGGUGAGUUCAUUCGCUAAUUUGCUCAUGAAUUAUUAAUGAGUUCGAGAUAAACGUGGGAAUACGUUCACUAUCGUAGUGUUAGAUAUGAACACGUAUUCUGAUUUACACCUAAAUUUAGAAAUAAUUAUUUUCUACUUCAGUUGUUGUGAUAAUUUUUUGUAAAAUGUACAUAGUACUUUUGAGUAAAAAAUGGCUUUAAAAAAUUUCCUUAAACUUGUCUCGUAGGAUGUGUAUAUUUUAAACAAUAAGUGAUGGCAUUUAGGGUUAUCUUUACAGAUAGUUUGGGAUAGGGUUAAUUAAUAUUACUAUUACUAGUAUUAGGGUUGUGGUUUACCGUAUGUCUAGUGUUAGGGAUACGACCGGUUUUGAAUUAAAUUUUGGUUGGGAUUUAGUCAUUUAGUGUAAUGCCUAAUGGUUAUAAGCGUUGCGUUAGCAGGCAUUGAAAUGCGCGAACAAGCGAGCGCUCCUCGCAGGCGCUUUUUGAAAGUUUGCACUGAGGUACAUUUUAAAAUGUUAAAAUCCUGACAUUUUAACAAUAUUGAACUCCCAAAACCUAAAAUGCAAUGCAUUUUUGCACACACAUUUGUAAGUUAUGAAUAAAUAUUAGUGAGCUAGCUUAAGCAAGCGAGUCAACACGGACGUCACUCGGAAAUUGGCAUAGGUAAUUUUGGCAGCUUUUUGCAUCAUAGCGCUCAUGUACGGAAGCAAAAAACUUUAAGGGCCUGUUCAUAUGGGCAAAAGUUAUCUCGGUUAGCGAGAAAAAUUUUCGACAAGUUUACAAGCGAGAUCUCGCCUUUGUAUGAAAAUAAUAUGAAACUGAGUUACACUGCGUUCAUAUGAGACAAAAAGUUUUCCCAUGUACCGAGAUCUCGCUUGUUGACAGGCGAGAUCUCGGUGACUGGGAUAAUGAUUUUCCCAUAUGAACACAACUCAGUUCCCGCUUAGCGGAAUAACUUUCUGUCGUGUCAGAAACUUUUCAAUUUAAUUGAUGCUCAGUGCUACGUCACAGCCGAAAACUUUACCCGGUAAGCGGGAUAAAGUUUCUCCAUAUGAACAGAACAAAAGUAUUUGGCUAGUCGAAAAGUUUUCUCGUUAACCGGGAUAACUUUUCCCCAUAUGAACAGGCCCUAAAUCUUAUGUUUUGUUACUAAUUUGUGGUGAAGAUUAACACAAACUGUUACAAACACAGUUUUUAAUCCAGUCCCCCUCGGCAAUCUGGCCUCCGUGUUGACAAAAACGUCAUUUGCUUAAACUCGCUAUUUUAUAAGCCGUGAGUGUCAAAUCAACCUAGGUCGACGUUUGUCAGUCAAGGUCAUGUUUCGGAUUCGAAACUAGUGUUUUGAAAGAAACUUGAUGGUCGCUUUAUAAUUAUCCUCAUUUGUUAAAUUGAGCGUAGUGUUUGACCUGCGGUAAAUUAAGUGUGCAACCUUUGAACACACAAAAAAUUGUAUUUUUUUAGUGACAUAUUUUAUUUUUAUUGAGACGCAAGAUUCUAUUGGUUGCCUGGUCUACUCGACUCAGAGAUCAUAAAACUGUUCAUAAAUACGAUAAACUGUUCAAACAAAUAAGGAAAUAGUGAAUUAAUUCAAUCACUAACUCCAGAAUCAAUCAGUGACACACAGUGACAUCAUGUCCAUAUCAAAGGAUUACAACAAGCACAAUGGCGCGAGAUGACGUGACACCUGACCAUUUCGGUUAUUUUGGACCACAGUGUCUUCGAUCAAAGAUCUUUUUGUCACAUAGGAAGCCUACAUUAUUUUAAAGACGUUUUGUUCUCAGUGACCUUUUAAAGAUUGCUACACAGACGGUGCUCAUUAGAUACUAUAUAGGAUGCAGUCAUGAAGACUGGUAGUGGGGUGCACUUUAUCAUACUUGUUCUAUUGCUGGUAACCUGGACAAAUGGAGUAGGUACGUACUUUCACAUUUUUCGAUCUUCACAUUAUAGAGAUAUUGUUCAUGGCAUGUUCUCGUUGCGCAAAGUUUGACAAACUAGCUGUUCUGGAAAUAAUUCUAACUAGCUGUUCUGGAAAUAAUUCUACCAUAAUCUGGCAUAGACCGGUAUAAUGCAAAUGCAUGAAACGCCCAUGAAUUCUGUACCUUCAAAUACAUAUGGCAGUCUCUUGCAACUUCAUUAAACAUUGCCUUUCUUGAGCGAAUUUAUAAGAAAUAUGUUUAUAAUAAUAUAAAAUUUGUGGCAAACGUGUUGAAGGUAAACUAAGCAAGGUAUCAAAUUUGCGGUCUUUCAAACAAAGGUGAUUUCCUUUUCGUCCACGUCUCAGGGAAUGUGUUGUUUAUUUUAACCGAUUGACAGAUAGGUCAAAGAUAUUCAUCUUUCUUUACUCCAAUAUACGUCACACAUAUACCAUACCUAAAUCUAAAGACUGCCCGUGGAGAUUUAUUCCCCUUGUACAGGUUAAGGACUUUCCAAGUGUUCCUUGAUCAGUGUAGCCACAGACCACAGUACCUAUCCCUGGCAAACCUCUGCAUUGGGAUUUCCCACAGAGGUUUCAAUUCAAUUGUUGUCAUUUCAAAGUCAGUGCAGCGUAGGGAGGGACGUGAGUAGAGAUGAUCUUUUCACAAUAACAAUUUUGGAUUUUACAAAUCACACUGAAUCCCUUCUCCCACCAAAGUAUGUUGUGUGUGACUUGUAUUUGAAUUGUGUAUAUCAACGGUUUGGAUCAUUAAUCAACAAACAUCCAAUCAGGGUGCAAUGCAAAUCAGAGGUGUUAGCAAACAGUAGUUCUCAGGCUUUAUUUAUCAUGUCUCUAUGGUGAACUACACACAAAUGAAACUUCCUCAUUCAAUCGGUUUGCAAUAAGGUCCUUUUGGCCUUCUGCAGCACUCCAAUGCAUACAAAAUAGUUUUUGAUUGUCUAUACAAUUUAUAAUUAUAGUAUUUAUCUCUGUGUUGGCACUCUGUAUGAAAGCCGGUCUUUAAUUCAAGUCAGGGCCUUUUUUAAGGAUUUUUUGAAAAGGGACUUUUCUGUGAGAUAAUAUAUUAGAGGGGGAUAGCAAUGGCUGAAGGCCACGUGUGUGGCUAAUAUACCAUGCAUGAAUUGGGGGUGGGGGGUCUGGGGGAGUAUUCCCCCAGAAAGUUUUUGAAAUUUGAAGCACGGAAAUGCUAUUUCCUGCAUUCUGAGCAUCCAAAUUUGCUCUAAAACUUAUGCUAACUAUACUUGUAUUUGAAAUAAAAAAUAAAAAUGAAAAGUAAAAAAGAAUAUUAACUGUAAUUUAUCAUUAUUUAUUAGAGGGAUAAUCCCCAGAAAAUUUUUGAAAUUUGAAACCCGGAAAUGCUAUUUCCUGCAUUCUGAGCAUCCAAAAAAUAAAAAAAUUAUUAACAAUAAUUUAUCAUUACUUAGUGGUAGAAAAAAGUAACAAUUUAAAUCGAUUUUGUUAAACAAGGACAAUUAAAGCCUAGCUAAAACUUACUUUUCGUUUAUGUAUUUGUUAAUCUUCGCUGGUUUGUUUCUAUAAUUUUAGGGAAAAGGGACUUUUCCUGGGGGUGGGGGUGUCAAAAUGUGAUUUCGGGGGGAGCACAAGUGGGGACUGGGAGGCAUUUGCCCCCCCCCCAGCUUGUAUGUUAAAAAAGGCCCUGAUUCAAGUCAUUCAGUAUCUGCGGAUUCUGCGGAUGGGUGAUUUAAACCAGGUCAAGCUAGAGCAACAAAUAUAUAAAUGCCAAAAUGGUGACUCGGUUAAAUGCAGUUCGUGCAUAUUUGUUACACAUCUCUUGCAAAUUCCCACCCAACAUGAUUGUGCUUUUUAUUUUCAAAACGUCAUCAGUGUCAUAGAACUAUAUUUAUUCAUAUAUUAACACUGACUCGACUUUCGCUUAGAUAUCUGGCCUUAUGGUUUAUACGGUUUACCCAAAGCUAAAACUGGAUGCCCAAAUAAAAAUACAUGGAAAGAAGGAUGGAGAAGACAGGAUUUGGGCAAAAAGACCGAUACUUCAUCUAAUAUUCAUAUGGAUGUUCAACUUGAAGGUUCUGGCAACAUUAAUAGAAAAUUUUGCGUAAAAACCGCGAAGGACACUGGGACAGCAAAAUGGCCUCAAGGUGACACUAAUUAAUAGUAGAAUUGAUUAUUAGACCCGUUUAAACUACGCACAAUUUUUGGUACGCAUGGAUAAAAAUAGUACCUGUACCACAUUUAUCCGUACCAAGAGGAAUACAUUUUCUAUUUAGUCCAAAUGGCGGCCUUAUGACUUUCAAUACAUUUUCUCCAACCUCAUUUACUGCAUUUUCUGCCGUAAAUGCAUGUAGCAUGCUUACACUGGAGAAAUUGGAAGACGUUUAGGCAACGCAUUUGCUGUGCAUCCGUGUGAUUUUAAAUAUACUAGAUGCACAAUAGACCUGUUGCGAGUCACUUCAAUAAUGCCAACUACUUCUUUUCUGAUAUAAACGUCUGUUAUGAUAUUAUCUUUACAGGGUCUUACUGUAUCUAUAAAGGCAAAGAUAGUGCUUGUCCCACGGGAAUGACUCAGGGCGCCGUACAAUGGGACGACAAGGAUAUUUUAAACGUUAACCAGCAUGGUGGAACAUUACCUGAUGGUGUGUAUAAUUCCAAUACGAAGAUAAACUACUGUUGUCAAAGUAUGGGCAGAUGGUUUGAUCCAAUUAAGCUGCCAAUACAUCGCCCAUUCUAUCUCCUACCACACAACAAUUCUACACUACCAAGAUGUCAGUUUGUUAACUGGACUAUUAGUCGGUUGGAGUAUAUUGAUUACGAUACAGUGGACAUAAGGUCGGUUGAUAAAUUCUCUGGGGAUCACGUGUUUCUUGAACGGAUUCGAUCCAGCUCGAUUCUGCUUCCGUCCUCAUUUUUGAGAGUCUAUUACUGUUAUUAUGAAGGUAAUUAAAUCUUUUUAGAAUGUAUUAUUGAUAAAAUUACGAUGAUAUUCAUGUCAAAAAUUAAUAAUUUGCUGUUAUUAUAUUAAGGCCAUUGUGUAAGGUAUUGUUAUUGAGUACAUUAAGUCGAUAAGCAAGUUUCUUGCAGGCACAUGUUCUAAAAUUUGAGAAAUAGAAUUUUUAUAAUUCUUAUUUUAUUAUGCAUUUUACUGUGAAUUAUUGAUUUGUUACUCCUAAUUAGCCAUUCCGAAGUUGAUGAGUAAACUGGGGACGAGUGUUAAAAAGUGCCCAAAUUAAGAAAUGGACCAAAUCACUAAAACGACCACCUCAAAAUUAGUAAGUAUACAAAGUUUGAAGACGUUACAUGAAUAUCCUUCGAACAAUAAGCUUUCGAAAAUCGUGAUAUUUACCGCUAUGAAAUGUAUUGUAAUUUUUGUUUUUGGGACGCGCGUCCCAAAAACAAUCUUUUAAUCAGUAAUUCACAAUUUUCGAAAGCUUAUUAUUCGAAGGAUAUUCAUGUAAACGUCUUCAAACUUUGUAUACUUACUAAUUUUGAGAUGGUCUUUUUAGUGAUUUGGUUCAUUUCUUAAUUUGGGCACUUUUUAACACUCGUCUCCAGUCCUCUUAUCAACUUCGGAAUGGCUAAUUCUCUUUCAAAAGUCUUUAUUAAUCGGUGCACAAACAAGUUAAAAUCUCUAUAAAGUCUUGAGUACAACUAUAGAUGUCGAUCCAUCAUUGUUCAUGAAAGAUGUCUGGGUCGUAUCCAGCUUCAAUAAUCCAAUAAUUUGCUGCAUUGCUUGGCUAUUUGGCCAGAUUAGCUUUGCUAUUCUAAAUAGGCUGUGCUUCGACCAUUUGUUUAAUUAUGUAUCUAGCUAUAUAUUUUCAAUCAAAAGUAUCGCGAAACAACACCAUUAUAUAUUGUAGUUAUUAUGAAAUAGUUAUUAUGAAGGUCGAUUAAUCCAAUAAUAUGCUGGGCUAUUUGGCUAGAUUAGCUUUGCUAUUCUAAAUAGCCUGUGCUUCGACCAUUUGUUUAAUUAUGUAUUUAUAUACUUUCUUUAUAAAUUAUAUACAACAAUAGUUGGCACAAAUAAAUCUUUGAAUCUUGAUCAUUCAUUACCUUAACUACUUUCAGGCUGUCGUUACAAAAUGAAGAAAAACGAAGGAGUGUUUGGCUCAUUAAAUGACAAUCCUCAGUUUAACAAAUGUUCAUGGUCAAUUGAAGUGGAAAAAUCUCAUGUGAUUUCAAUGGAGUUUACCCAACUGCAGCUACCAAAAUGUCAGGAAAGUUAUUUAGCUGUGUAUGAUGGCGUUAACGAAAACGCACCUCUGUUAGAAAAAUAUUGUGACUCCAAAACUCAAAAAAAUCCAAUUGUAUCCACUGGAAACAAAGUUUUUGUGAUACUUAAAUCUCUUACACCAAAAGAAGAAUUUAGCAGGCAGCCAAAGUUUCAAGUGAAGUACAUCGCUCAACAAAGUUCUGGUAAGAAUGAAUACAUAGUCUCUAAAAUACAGGCUGCUUUGCAAUAUACAAGUUUUCUGAGCAGUUGAGUCGUCAAACUCAAGACAUUUAUACUAAAAUCGCGUUCUCGUGCAAAAUCGCUCCUGUUUUUUUGUUAGACUUCUUCCCUUCCCCUGUUAUCUUUUAUUUAGGAGCCGUCCUUCUCGCUUAUCCUUUCCAUCUAACUCGAUCUCGGCUUGAAUAAUCUUUUGUGGGUCCAAACUUUCCCACAGUCUUUUUAUAGCCUUUAUAUAUCUUUGUGUCUCUGGUUUGAGAAAUAAUUUUCUCAUAAGAAAACAAUUCGUAAAAUAAGAAAUAUUUGAACUGCAAGAUUUUGGUUUCUUGAAAUAAGAAAAAUGUUCUUAUUUUGUGCAUCAAAGGGAUCCACAGGUGUUGUAGUUGUUUUUGAUACCGUAAUGAACGAUAAUAUAUGCGAACAGUUUAGAGACUGGUACGAGCGACCAGCGGCGCGCCUCGCGUGCUCAGAAAACGUUCCGAGAAACGUCGCGUUUGAACUAGUGUUAUUCUAGAUUAUAUCUUAGUAUUAUAAACAUAUUUGAAGCGAUUCUAUACAUAAUAAAACGAUAAAAGUCAUAAAACAUCGUGUGUAGUAUCGAGUAACAUUUUCGCAUGCACUACAGCUGGAAAAUUACCCUGUACGUGUGUCGAUCCUAGAAUCACAUAUCUCGUAUUAAGAAAACAUGUUCGUACAACUUGAAACACUGACAACUUUAGGUAAAGUUACCUACAGAUAACAAUUCGACAACAGGUUCUAAGACAACAAAGCCAUAUAUUAUCCAGAGCUUGCAAGUACAUUUUAUCUCCUUGUGUUUAAUAAUAAUAAGACAUUUUGGGCAGUUAAAACUGCCGAUAUUAACUCAUAAAAGCACAUUAUUUGCCUCUAGAUUGAACAUGCACAAAAGAGGUCAUCGCCAUUUUCCGAAUAUUUUUUAUCUCUUGCAUCCGUAUUUAAAAGCUUGAAAACUCUUGAGCAAAUUGCCACAAGAAGAUGCGUGCGCAAUACAAAAUCUUGUUUUGACCGCUCCCCUCAUUUAACAAACGUUCCUGAAAGCUUAAUUAUUCCCCCCGGAUUACGACAUCUUUACAGACAGACAGACAGACAGACAGACAGACAGACAGACAGACAGACAGACAGACAGACAGACAGACAGACAGACAGACAGACAGACAGACAGACAGACGGACAGACAGACAGACAGAGUCCUUCUUACGCGCGUUCGACCGAGUGCGACGAGGGGCUUUGGCCAAAUCCAUAACCGGACACCAUAAAAACAUGGUAAGAGAACAAUAUCCGGUAUUAGAACUAUGGCCAAUCAGAUGCUAGUUUUAUAUGGAUUUGGCCAGAGCCCCUCGUCGCGCUCGGUCGAACGCGCGUAAGAAGGGCUCUGGGUACGAGAAUGUGUGCUGCCUCGCGGCGUUCGGCAGCUAUAAACUCUAGUUAUGAACACCAUAUAAGGACACAAUUCAGAGGGACAUAAUUACUGUAUGAUUGACAUUUAGGAAAAAACAACAUAGAAUAUAUAGCGAGCACAUACGAAGUAAUAUAUGAACAACGAGAGCGAGUGUUUCACCGGGAUAUCCAAACACGAGAAAACAAUGUAUGAAAACACGAGCGCGAAGCGCGUGUGUUUUCAUACAUUGUUUUCGAGUGUUUGGAUAUCCCGGUGAGACACGAGCUCGAGUUGUUUAUAUGGCUUCUCAAAUGAAUCGAGACGUAACAGAAUGUUUUCGUUUGCUGAUUUGAAUAGAAUUCUUAACCAAGCAUAACGUAUAAUUAGGAAUUCUAUUCAAGUAAUUUUGCAUGCGUAAUGAAGAUAUUUGAUGAAAACACUAGUGACUUUCAUGAAGUUUCACCGGGUUAUCCAAAUGGCAUCUUGUGAUCAAAUAGGUGAUUAUCAUUGGCUGAAUUGCUCAUGAAUUAUUAAUGAAUUUGAGAAAUAGAAUCAAAUAAUUUGGCGAUAAAAACACGGUGAAUUGUCGAGAAGGACGGCCCUUUUAGUAGAGCAUUCCGACAAAGUGGCACCUCCGACGGGAUCGAAAUAUGGAUAAACUAGAGAAAGAUUUAACCGGGAAAUUAAAGCCCCAGUAUUAAAAUUUACGUUCGAGAAAACAUCAGAAAUUGUGAGUAAAGCAAAUAUUGUCGCCAUCGAAAGACAACGCGAAGCAUUGAUAAAGAUUACUGUGAAUAUCGAGGAGGUAAACUUACAGAUUUUAGAAGGAAAGUUUGAACGGGGAGACAACGAUGAAACAAUUACAAAUUGGAGCAAAAAUGUCGAAGAACAAGUCGAAAAAGUCGAUGCGGAAGUCGAAAAGCUACAAAAAUAUUUGGAUGGAAUGAAAGCCAACGAAGCCAGCAAAGCGAAAGAAGCUGAACGGGCUUGUCAACUACAGUUUGAGAAAGAACAAUGCGAAUAAAAACUGCAUUUUUAGCACAUGAAGGUUGAUGAAAUCAAGAAAGAUAAAACUACAAAAAAGCCGGAUCAAAUUCAAACGAAGCUUCCCAAGUUAAUGAUUACCCCAUCUAAUGGCGCACCAACCGAUUGGCUUCGUUUUUGGAACAUAUUUGAAACCGAAAUAAACAACAACAGUGAACCGGUGAACGGGCAUAGCAUCGCAUGCUGAACGGGCAUCGCAUAGCGUUAAUUGUUGGUGGGUAAGCUGCACCCGCUUCCUGAAAAAUGCAAACUCAGUUUGCAAAUCCCGCUGGUUUUCAAAACGUGCGGCUCGUCAUGAUACUACAAGUAAAAGACUCUUCCCUAAAUUAAAUGUGCGUCCCAGGCCCUCGUGGCAUCAC